AUGGUGUACACGACCUCAUCCUUAUUUCUGAAGUCUCUUUCCCUCGCUGGCAUCACGCAUGCUUUCGUGAACUGGGGCUCCGAUCAUCCAGCAAUGUUGGAAGAACUUCAGCGUCAACGAUUUGAAGGCGAGCAUCAAGGGGCAACUUCGCCCUGUGUGAUAACGUGCCCAAACGAAAUGGUAGCUCUUAGUGCUGCACAAGGAUACGCUCAGGUCACUGGCAGACCAGCUGCGGUCAUUAUACAUGUAGAUGUAGGGACGCAGGCUCUUGCUGGGGCAAUUCAUAAUGUCAAUCGAGGCAGAGUUCCAGUCCUCAUCUAUGCAGGUGCAUCGCCCUUUACAAGUCGUAAUGAGAUGAAGGGUAGUCGCAAUGAAUGGAUAAUGUGGCUUCAAGACAUACCUGACCAAACCGCAAUUGUUCGCCAGUACAUGAGAUACACUGCUCAAAUUAACUCCGGAAGGAAUGUUGUUCAAAUCGUUAAACGCGCCCUACAGAUUGCCACUUCUGAACCCAAAGGCCCAGUCUAUCUUUGGGCACGUAGAGAGGUUAUGGAAGAGGAACACCCGUUCGCACUGUAUAAUUCAUUAUCAAUGAAACCCCACAUAUCUGUCUCUCCAGCAGCUCUUUCUCCAGUUGAUACGAUGGCGAUCAGUACCGCCCUACUCACGGCCCUCCAUCCAUUGAUCAUAACUUCCCAUAUUGGACGUAAUCAAGAUGCAGUCUCUUCCGUGCUCACGCUCUCCACUCUGCUCGCAGUUCCUGUUUUUUGCGUUUGUCCCUCCACCGUCAACAUUCCUUUUUCGCAUCCGUUCCUAUUUGGAAUCACCUAUCUUUCUCCGGGUCCGACCACAGACUCAUUUGAAGAGCAUCUUCAAAUUGCUGACACUGUCCUAGUGCUUGAUUCAGACAUCCCCUGGAUCCCCUCCAAAUGUGGGCCAAGUGAAGAUGGUUCCCGAGUCUUCAUCAUUGACAGUGGAGAUCCACUUAAAACGAACGUGGCGAUGGGGACUUGGGACGCGGCUUUACAUCGAGGAGUAGAGUUGAUAUGCUGUGCCGAUACAGAAACGGCUGUUGGACAGUUAGUUGAUGUUACGAAGGAGCACAUACGAGGCAGUACAACGAAGCUUGAGACGGUUAUACUUGAAAUCCGGGAUCGAAUCAAACAGCGAGCGCAACGAAUCAAGCAGGUUCAUGACAAAUGGAUUGCUCGUCUAGAUGGGGACGAAUCCAUACCUGAUGUCGCAAAAGAAGGGCCCUCAAAUCUCAUCACAGUACCCCAUAUCAUGCGAGCCCUACGGGAAGUUGUGGCUCCCAUUUCAUCGAAAUCCUUAAUCAUCAAUGAAGCCAUAUCUAACUACGGCGUCGUCUGGGAACACGCUCGAGCCGAGUUUCCUGGAAGUCUUUUGACUUCUGGAGGUUCGUCCUUGGGUUACGCACUUGGUGCCUGUGUAGGUGCAGUUUUAGGGAGUUCGUCUUCUAGUGGAACCGGAAGCGAUACAAUGGACUAUGAUUUGGUGACUGCGGUGGUGGGCGAUGGGACGUUCAUGUUUGGUGUUCCGAGCUCUGCCUUUUGGAUUGCUCGCCGAUAUAAUACGCCUUUUUUGACCAUUGUACUCAAUAACGGUGGUUGGAAAUCCCCCAAGUUAUCAAUGCUAGCGGUUCAUCCUCAAGGUCAUGGGUCGAAGGCACGUUCAGGAGAGCAACUCUCUGUUGGUUUCUCAUUUGAAUCCCGAACUCAAAUCUCGGCUGCGCAAUCCGAUAGGAUUUCUCCGAGCUACUCUCAAAUUGCCGUCGCCGCCACUGACGGUUGGGCCUGGGGCAGAAGUGUAUCUUUAUCCUCCGAUAACGCGACAGAACCGCCGGACUUGGUUUGGAAAACUCUCAAAGGAGUGCUCGCAGAAGCGGUUCGAAUAGUGAUCGAAGAAAAACGGUGUGCUGUAAUUGAUUGCCUCCUAGAGGCUCUGUAA